UCACAGCUCUUCUGGACUUUACUCUGAGCAGCAUCAAACCUCGGACACUUUAACCACAGGAUGGAUGUGAAGCUGUUUACUCUCGUGGCUGCGCUCACGGUGCUGAUGUACGCGCCUCCAUCACAAGCAAAGCCCAUCAGUCUGGUGGAGAGAUGCUACUGUCGCUCCACAGUCAACAGCCUCCCAAGGAACUACAUCCGAGAGCUCCGCUUCAUCCACACGCCAAACUGCCCCUUCCAAGUCAUUGCCAAGCUGAAGUCAAACAAAGAGGUGUGUGUGAACCCCGAGAUCCGGUGGCUGCAGCAGUACCUGAAGAACGCCAUCAACAAGAUGAGGAAAUCCAAACAAGGCAACUGAAAGCCCCUGCAGGCAUCCUCCCGAGCCAUCACACAUUAUAUAACAUGUAAGCGGAGAUCAUCUGGUUUGUUGUACAGCACUUAUCCCGGCUGCCACGCUGCGGCCCUCUGCAUGGAAUACAACUCUUCACCAUGAACACAAACCCACCAACUCCAUCAACGUCUCCACCAUCACCCCUCUCACCACUUAUAGAGAUAGUAAAUGAUAUAAGUGCAAAGUGCAAUUAUAUCUGUGAGUGUAUGUCUCUUCUAACUGUAUUGUAUAUACUUUUUUCUAAAUGGACUUCAACAGUAAAGAGCUAUUUUUGGAGAUAUCUGUGUCCCUUUGGCCUCUGUCAUUCAAGUAAAAAAAAAAAAAAGGAUGGACCCUAAAGCCUGGUUUAUACUUCUGCGUCGAUUGUUCGCUGUAGCUACACAUUGAGAGGCCUACGCCAUCGUAAGCACUGCAAACUUGCAGAUUUCUAUGCUUGUUAUAUCGCCAGUUUUUGGAUCUACCACAUUAUGGUUGAGUGUAUUAUAUUGGUUUCGAAGAUCAUACAUUUUGAGCAGCAGUGGAUUAACCUGGCUUACAGCGUUCUUCCUUCUGCAAAAUUUUGAAAACAGCAGCGAUACCUGAAAUGUUGUAAAUGCAGGAAAUGAUGCUACCCAGCAGUCCAAUCACAGGGCUUGUGGUUGCAUCAUUUUGAGGCAUAGUUACAUUUUUGAGGAGGUGCAUGCUAGGCUACGUGCAUAGGCUUCUCUGUUGUUACAGAGCUAUACAAACCUAGCAUAUGUUACGGUGUAGAGUCGACGCAGAAGGAUAAACCCGGUUUAAAGGAGAUGCAUGUCAGCCGGAGGGUUUUUCUCCACAAAGUCAAACUUUACAGAUUCCUGCGUACCACUGAGCCAGGAGAUUUAUUAUAACAAAUCCUUUAUGUGGCAUCUGCUUAUCCUUUCUGUCUGAUUUUAAUCGUACUAAAUGACUUUCAACAAUGUAUGUGUUCUCCUUUAAACAGAGGAAAGGCUUAUGCGUUUUCCAGGUCCUAUUCCAUGUUUCACGUUAAUUGGCAGCGUGGAAUUUUCAAUGGAGUGCCAGAAACCCCCAGACUGAAUAAUAAGAUGUAUAAAAGAUCCCUAUAAAAAUGGCAAUUACAAUGUUUUUGUAAAUGCCAAACGAGCUUGAGUGUUUCCGGAGCUGUUUCUGUGGCUGUGAUUGCUCGAUCCUUUAACCCCAAAAAGUCUGAUUUAUUUUCCUGUUAGGAAGAAAGGUGAACAUCUGGAUUUAAAACCGUUUGAAUUCAAUGUAAUCUCAAAGCCGUGUUUUAAGAUGAUGAGGGAGAAAAUCAUGACACAGUCGGCUAAAAUUGGGGUACUGGAUGAAAUAACCUCUUAUUAUGAAUGUCCAUUUCAAAGAAGGGUGUACAGAAAUAUAAAUAACAGUAAUCACAUGAGUAGUUAAAUCACAAUGUUAUAUUUAGAGUGGCAGAGGUAAAAGUAGAAACCUUUACUGACAAUAUGUGUACAAUGAUGGGACUGCCUUCAUGCAGAUAGCAAUGCACUUUAUAACAGAUGUAUUCAUGUUUUAACAACUAAAUUGACUCUAACUCUCUAAGUGUGAUCAGUAAAUUCUGUCUCGUGUCUUUACGUUAACUACGCUGUUUUUCAUUCUGUGCUUCAUGAUGAUUGAAUGUGUAGCUUCAUUUAACUGUUAAAGUCAGUGAGAUCUGCUCAUCUAUUCAUCUCCUUUUCGCUAUGUAAAAUGAAUAUUAUACAAAUGUUUUAUUUUUGUACUCUUAUAUGCAUUUAUAUAUUAAAUCUAAAGAUUAAAAUAAAGGAAUUGUAAUCCACAACUGA